UCUACCGUUAAAGCGUCAGUGCCAUGACAACAGGACGAUGGCUCCGAGCGAGAGGCUGAGAAACGUGAUGUUAGCGUCUUAACGAGGAGUUACCGGCCCGUUAACCGUCCGACCGGCUGCGUGUACGUGAAGAAGAGGCAACAUGUCUCUGUUCAAGGCCCGUGAUUGGUGGUCGGCAGCGCUUGGCGAGGGGGAGGAGUUUGACCAGGGAUGCUUAUGUGUUGGAGACGUGGACAACAGCGGCACUGGACAUGACAAGGUGGUGGUGGGCAGCUACAUGGGGAUGCUGCGAAUAUUCUCCCCACAUGCCAAUAAGUCCAGCGAGGGAGUCCCAGUGGAAGCUCAGCUUCUGGAAGUCCAGCUUCAGAACGCCAUCGUCCAGGUGGAAGUGGGCAAGUUCGUCUCGUGCUCAGAGCUUCUUCAUCUGGCUGUUCUUCACCCGCGGAAGUUGUCAGUCUACUCUGUAUCAGGCACUGCUGGGAACGUGGAGCAUGGUGACCAGUACCAGCUGAAGUUGGUUUAUGAACACAAUCUGCAGAGGACAGCCUGCAACAUGACCUACGGCAGCUUUGGAGGGGUUACAGGUCACCACUCCCUGUGUAUCCAGUCCAUGGACGGGAUGCUGAUGUUCUUCGAGCAGGACAGCUACACCUUCGGCAGGUUCCUUCCCGGUUUCCUGCUGCCCGGCCCGCUCAUCUACAACCCCAGAACAGACAGCUUCCUUACAGUUUCCUCUGCGCGCCAGCUGGAGAGCUACAAGUAUGAGACGCUGGCUGUGGCUACAGAGGCUGAGAAUCGACAGGAUCCCGACAUGCCCCUCAAGACCGGAGGCAAGAGGCUGAUGCCUGAUUGGACGUUUGUCCUGGGAGAACAGGCCCUCGACCUCUCCGUGCCCUCCUUCUCCCACUCCUCCUCCUCCAUCUUCGUUCUGGGCGAGAGGAACCUCUACUGUCUCCGCGACAACGGCCAGAUCCGCUUCAUGAAGAAGCUGGAGUUCAACCCCAGCUGCUUUCUGCCCUACACCUCAGUGACCGAUGGCACGACCAACCUGUUGCUAAGUAACCACACAAACAUGCUGCUGGUUUACCAGGAUGUGACUCUGAAGUGGGCGGCCCAGCUCCCCUUUGUGCCCGUGGCCGUUCGCGUUGCCAACUUCCCAGAGUUGAAAGGAGUCGUGAUCAGUCUCAGCUCCGAUGGACACCUCCUCUGCUCCUACAUGGGUACGGACCCCUCCUUCUUCUCCACGCCCAAGGUGGACGCCAGGGAAGUCGACUACGAGCAGGUGGAUGCUGAGAUGAAGAAGCUGCAGAAGUACAUCAGAGAGGCCAGCAGGACUCAGGACAUUCUGCCUAAAAGUGAUGCUGAGGACGACCUCGUAGUCACAGCUGCUGUGUCCCCCAACAUGGACAGCCAAUCGCUAGCACUGAUCCAAGAUAUCGACGGUGUGCCCAUCCCCUCAGUAACCAUCCAGGUGAAGGUGAAGGCCAGCUGUGUCGUACAGUCCUCUAAGCUGACCGUCAGCAUUCAGCCUCCUCUGGCCGUCACUCAGGACCAGUUUGUCCUGGAGCCAAUGGGUGUCGGUUCCUCCACAGUCGUGGCAUUUUCGGCUUUCCUCAACGGCCGUUACCCCCCCGCCGACCUGACCGGAGACAUCACCGUAUCCUACAGCUCGCCGACAGAGCUUAACCCAAAAGGGGUUCCCAGGGUUCUUCAGUCCAGGUUCUGUCUUCCUCUGGCGCUGGUAUGCGUUCCUUCCUCGCCAGCCAAAACCACCAAGUUUAAGAUCACCGUGGACACCAACCAAGCACCAGUCGACCUCAACUCCAUCUUCCCAGAGUUUUCAGCAAAGUCAGAAGAUAAGGACGGGAAUAGUUUGGCUUUCCAGUUCCUGUCAGGAGCCAAGGUUACCGUGCUGGCCUCCAAGACCUCCCAGCGUUACCGUAUUCAGAGCGACAGUUUUGAGGACAUGUGGUUGGUGGUGAAGGAGUUGGUCCAGAGAUUCGACCGACAUUUCACCAAACUGGGCGUCAAAGACUUCAAGAAAAGCUUCAGCGGACCGCUGCCGCUGCAGGAGUACUUCCUGUCCGUAGACCACCACUUCCAGCUGCGCGUCAGUGCUCAGCAGUACCAGGAUCUGCUUUCAGAGCGGGCCGUCCAGUUCAGAGCCAUCCAGCGGCGCCUGCUGACUCGAUUCAAAGACAAAACACCGGCACCCCUGCAGAACCUGGACACGCUGCUGGACGCCACUUACAGCCAGGUGAUGUCGCUAGCGGAGGCUGCGGAGGAGAACCGGGCGCUGCUGGAGGAGGCGUUCGUCCGCCUGCGGAGCGCCACACACCUGCUGGUGCUGCUGCUGUCGCUGUGGCAGGGCCUGACCCCCGACCAGACGACCAUCCUGGAGGCCACGCUGCUGCCGCUGCUGCAGGACACACCGCAGCUGGGCUGGGAGGAGAGCUGCGAUGCCGCCGUGUCCCACCUCCUACGGACCUGCCUGUCACGGAGCCCCAAGGACCAGGCCACAUCCCUGGCCCAGGCCGGAGGCUCCGUGCUGGGGCUCCCUCGGGACACAGCCCGCCUCAAGAAGCACAUCACCCUGCUGUGCGAUCGCAUCGGCAAGGGUGGCCGCCUCACCCUGGCCUCCGAGGCCAACGUCCAGGUCCCCAUCCAGGUCCAGAACCUGGCCGCUCCCGGAGGUGUUGAACCCAUUGCAGAGGUCGCUGACGGUGACGGGGAGGAGCUGGAACUUCCACAGGAAGUGACCAAACUCAUCAAGAAGAAACAGCCCUCUAAGAAAGUCAAGAAAGACAAAAAGGAGGUGUCCAAGGAGACGUCAGAAGCCUCCGUAAAAGAAGAAGUGGGAGGUGCAGAGGAGCCCGUCAAGGUGGCGAAAAAGGAGAAGAAGGAGCCAUCGAAGGAGAAGAAGGAAGCGAAGAAGGAGUCAAGCAAAGAGCCCAAAGAGGAGGCGAAGAAGGAGUCCAAGAAGGAGUCGUCCACCUCCUCCUCUUCCUCCAAGGAGAAGAAGGAGUCAUCAAAGGAGAAGGACAAAGACAAGGAGGCCAGCAGCAAGGAGACGGGCGAGAAGAAAGUGUCCAAGAAGUCGUCCGUAAAAGUGAAAGAGAAGAAGAAGGAGUCGGAGACCGGAGACGCUUGACAGGAGCGCUGCAAUAAGCUCACAUGAUAUGCACACGUAAACAGAACACGAGAUAUAAACAUCAUGCACACACACACACACACAGUGUAUAUGUAUAUACAGGGUCCAUGUAAACAUAUACAACUCCACAUAUGCAGUCUAAAUAUAUAUUUACAUGUAAAUAUUCUCAUCCAAGGCCAUAUAUCUCAGUAGCAAAGCAAUUUCCUCUCAGACGCAUAUUUACAUCAUCUAGUAAUAGUUGAUGCUCACACACACACACACACACACACACGUCCUGUGUUUCUGGUCCGCUGCUGCUGCACUUCACCACAUCCAGCAGUUUUGCUGCCGACGGAGAGCGAGGAGGAAGGGUGAAAUCCUCCUCCUCCUCCUCCUCCUCCUCCUCCCCUCAGACAUUUCGCUGACUCUCUCCUUCCUCCUUCCUUGUCUUCUUCGUCUAGCCUCAGCAGCAGUUGAACCCACAGCCCUGCGCCUCCCUAAUCCCAGGCAGGCCCCAAACCACCCCCCCGCCCACGCACGCUUCUGGAUGUGACGUCGGACCCGCCCAUCUCGCCCCCUCGCGUGGCACCGGGCCUCGCCAGAGCCUCCCCCGCCUCGCCACUAAGAAUAAAUCUCCUGCCGUGUCCAGCAGCCCCGCUGCUUCCGGGUAAAUCAAGGCCACAUCCUACAGACAGCACCACCACCGCCACCGCCACUGCCCCCUCUGACCUCUUCCAGUCAGUCUUGUUUUUUUAAAAAUCUGGGACAGUCAAGGACACGCGGCUGCUGAUGGACACAUACUCGGUACUGCGGGGUCGAACCUGAGACUGUUUUUGCACGGUGGAAACCAACAGGGCGUUUUCUGGAAAAAGCAGGGUGGCAAUCAGCCGCGGCGACGAGACGAGUUUAACACCCGAGGGUUUUUUUUCUGCUCAUCUCCAAGGACUUUAUGAGGUGGAGGCUGGAUAUCACAUCAUCCGUGACAUCAGCAGCAGAUUUAACCAGAUCAGUACGAUACACUUUGAUAUGACACAAUAAGAUGACCAUCACUAGUGCUAGAGGUAGAAUAGGUGUUAGAAUAAACUGCACAGGGUGCAAAGUACAACAAAUAAACACGUUUUCAGACUUUUAGUGGCCGUGCAGAUCUUCAGCUUUUGUUUGAUCUGAUUCUGAGGCUUCAGUUAUUAAGUACGCUUCAGAUUUCUUCUUUAAUCAGCUGUUUACUGCUCAAAAUCCACUUAACGUAAGAUCACACCACAGAAAUGUUGCUUUUACGUCUUUCCAGAAACACGAGCCACGUUUUCGAAGUCUCGUUUUAAAAAAAAAAAGUGUGAUGGAAACAGCAAAAACUAAAUCUAACUGGAGUUGGAAACAUUUCUUUUUGUCUAUUGUACAACUCUAUAAAACAUCCACACAGAUCUGAUGCUCCUCGCUCACAUCAACACUUGAAACAAACACAAAUGUCUGAUUUCCGUCUUGUUUUUUCAUCGUCGAGCAUCGACGUCAUCUCGUUGUGCCGUCCUCUGCU